GGCACGUUCAGAGGGGCCGCCCCGUCCCCCACCCCAGCACCCCGGUAUAAAGCUCUCUGCCCUGGCUGCUGCGGGGCGGCCUGGGCUGGGAGGAGGAGGAGGCAGCAGCCACCGCCAUGGAGAGCAGCAUGAAGCAGGUGGUGGUGGAAGAGCUGCAGGACCCGGAGAAGGGCUGCUGCUCCCAGGGAUGCUGCAAGCCAGGCUGCUGCUGCUGGCCCUGCGCUGUUUGCUGCUCCAAAUGCGCUCGGUGCUGCAUGCCCCGGUGCUGCAAAUGCCCCAGCUGCCCCGGCUGCCCCGGCUGCGCCUGCCUCAAGCGAUCCCUCUGCUUCGUGCCUCGUCUGCUCUGCUACCUGCCCCGCAAGCUCCUCAGCUGCCACCACCUCAAGUGCCUCCUCAUCGUGGUGGUGGUGGUGGUCCUGCUGGUGGUCAUCAUCGCCGGCGCCCUGCUGAUGUGGCUGCGCGCAGACCAGCGGCACGCCGACACCGUCCUGAGGAUGUCCAUGGAGGGGCUGCGGAGAGGACCGGCCUGGGAAGAGGAUGCGGCCACUUUCUACCUGGACAGCGGGGAUGGAAACCCAGCCACGGUCGUCUACGAUUACAAGAACCUGCUGGUCAGCUACAGAUCCCUGCUCCACCGCGCCUGCUACGUCACCCGCAUGGACGAGGACAACAUCCCGGGGCUGGACGCCAUCGCCAAGACCUUCCAGCAGCGGCAGGCUGACAAGAGGCUCGCCAUGCCCCUGGAUGAUCGCUCCCUCCUGGGCACCACGGCGAGCAUCCUCUGCAGCACCGUCCCCAUCUACUGGGCUUAGCCCUGCUGGCAUCCCCAACCGUCACAGCGUUGCUGCAGCCUCUCCGUCCCUCUGGGAGCAUCACCAACAGCUCCGCAGCCGCCCCCGUGAGCAGCACCUCACUCACCCCGCUUUUGGGAAGUGCUGGGGCCCAGACGAUGCCGCGGGGCUGGGCAGGAGGUUGGGGGGGGUCGGAGGGGUUGGCUUUGGAGGGGUGCGGGGGGGCUUCGCUUCACCAUGCGGCACCGCAUCCCUGCUGCAGCCGCGGUGCUGGGGGGCUGGAGGCGGUGGGUGGGUGUCUGCUUGGGCGAGCGCCGCGCUGCACCAGGGGACAGCUGGUUUGUCACUUAAGUCUUCUCAGCUUCACCAAACCCAAGUGCAAAAAUGAGCUUAAAAAAACGUGACAUUUAAAGAAACUAAAUUCUCCGUUCCAGUUCUUCGCUCCCUGCUCGCCCGGCUGCCGGCAGCUGCCAUCUUCCUUUGCCUUAAAAACGCAUUUAGAGGCUCUGAGCAGCGUUUAGGCGAAUUUCUGCCGCAGCCACAUCUCAUGGGAGGUACCUCCCAAGCAUCGCUCGGCACCGCGGCAUGGGACCGACCUGAGCUGCCCCCUUCUCCUGCCAGAACCAAGGCUGUCCUGAAAAAUGUAUCUGUCCUCUCCCACCCUGCAGAACUGAAUAAAGGAUUAGGGGAAGA